AUGAACCGCCCAGCUCCUGUGGAAAUCACCUACAAGACCAUGAGGUUCCUUAUUACACACAAUCCAAACAAUGUAACCUUAAACAAAUUUAUAGAAGAACUUAAGAAGUAUGGAGUUACCACAGUUGUAGGAAUAUGCGAAGCUACUUAUGACACAGCCCUUGUGGAAAUAGAAGGCAUCCAGGUUCUGGAUUGGCCUUUUGAUGGCGGAGCACCACCAUCCAACCAGACUGUUGAUGGCUGGCUAAACCUGGUGAAAGCUAAAUAUGGUGAAAAGCCUGGUGGUUGCAUUGCUGUUCACUGCAUUGCAGGUCUUGGGAGAGCUUCAGUGCUCAUUGCCCUUGCACUAAUCGAAGGAGGAAUGAAGAACAAAGAUGCAGUGCAGUUCAUAAGACAAAAACGUCUUGGAGCCUUUAACAGCAAGCAACUUCUUUACUUGGAGAAGUAUCGUCCUAAAAUGCGGCUGCGCUACAAAGACUCAAAUGGUCACAGAAACACCUGUAGCAUUCAGUAA